AGCAGGGGGCGGCUUGGUUGCGCGGUACUAGCGGUGCCCGCCGUAGGGGGAGGAGGCGGAGGAGCCAGCCGUGCGGCCAGAGCGGGAAAGAGACUCGUCUUCGCGUCCGAGUUGUGGAGCCGCGGCACCCCGGCUCCUGGGGCUGCAGCAAGGGCUGUGCGGGGACGGGCGUCCGCUGUCUCCCGGGUUCCCCUCAGAGCGACCCGCGGGAUCGGAAAAAGGGAGAAGAUGGAGGAGGGCGGCAGCGGCGGCGUCGCCGCGGGCACCAGCGGGGACGGCGGCGGCGACAGCGGCGAGCAGCUCCUAACUGUCAAGCACGAGCUGCGGACCGCUAAUUUAACAGGACAUGCAGAGAAGGUUGGAAUUGAAAAUUUUGAGCUCCUGAAGGUUCUAGGAACUGGAGCUUAUGGAAAAGUAUUUCUAGUGCGUAAAAUAAGCGGCCACGAUGCUGGAAAGCUGUAUGCCAUGAAAGUUUUGAAAAAGGCAACCAUCGUUCAGAAGGCCAAAACGACAGAGCACACGAGGACAGAACGGCAAGUCCUGGAGCACAUCAGGCAGUCGCCAUUCUUGGUGACUCUGCACUAUGCUUUCCAGACAGAAACCAAGCUUCAUCUCAUUUUAGAUUAUAUAAAUGGUGGAGAACUUUUUACUCAUCUUUCUCAAAGAGAGCGUUUCACAGAGCAUGAGGUGCAGAUCUAUGUUGGAGAGAUUGUACUUGCCCUCGAACAUCUGCAUAAGUUGGGGAUUAUAUACCGUGACAUUAAGCUUGAGAAUAUUCUACUUGAUUCUAAUGGCCAUGUGGUGCUGACAGAUUUUGGUCUGAGUAAGGAGUUUGUGGCUGAUGAAACUGAAAGAGCAUAUUCCUUUUGCGGAACUAUUGAAUACAUGGCACCAGAUAUUGUCAGAGGGGGCGAUUCUGGACACGACAAGGCAGUUGACUGGUGGAGUUUAGGUGUUCUAAUGUAUGAAUUACUAACUGGAGCAUCUCCUUUCACUGUGGAUGGAGAAAAAAAUUCCCAGGCUGAAAUAUCUAGGAGGAUAUUGAAAAGUGAGCCUCCGUAUCCACAGGAGAUGAGCGCGUUAGCUAAAGACCUGAUUCAGCGUCUUCUGACGAAAGAUCCCAAGAAGAGAUUGGGAUGUGGUCCUCGGGAUGCAGAUGAAAUCAAGGAACAUCUCUUCUUUCAGAAAAUCAACUGGGAUGACUUAGCUGCCAAAAAAGUGCCUGCACCAUUUAAGCCAGUCAUCCGAGAUGAAUUAGAUGUGAGUAACUUUGCUGAAGAGUUCACAGAAAUGGACCCAACCUAUUCCCCGGCAGCCCUGCCCCAGAGCUCCGAGCGGCUGUUCCAGGGCUAUUCCUUUGUUGCUCCUUCUAUCCUGUUCAAGCGCAAUGCAGCUGUCAUAGAUCCUCUUCAGUUUCACCUGGGAGUCGAGCGUCCUGGCAUGGCGAAUGUUGCCAGGAGUGCCAUGGUGAAGGACUCUCCAUUCUAUCAACACUAUGACCUAGAUCUGAAAGACAAACCAUUGGGAGAAGGAAGUUUUUCCAUUUGUAGAAAGUGCGUGCACAAAAAAAGUAACCAAGCAUUUGCAGUCAAAAUAAUCAGCAAAAGAAUGGAAGCCAACACUCAGAAAGAAAUAACCGCUCUGAAGCUCUGUGAAGGACACCCCAAUAUUGUGAAGCUGCAUGAGGUUUUUCAUGAUCAGCUUCAUACUUUUCUGGUGAUGGAACUUCUGAAUGGGGGAGAACUGUUUGAACGCAUAAAGAAGAAGAAGCACUUUAGUGAGACGGAAGCCAGCUACAUCAUGCGGAAGCUCGUGUCGGCUGUCAGCCACAUGCACGAUGUCGGGGUGGUGCACCGGGAUCUGAAGCCGGAGAAUUUAUUGUUCACUGAUGAAAAUGAUAAUUUGGAAAUUAAAGUUAUCGAUUUCGGGUUUGCUCGCCUCAAGCCGCCUGACAAUCAGCCCCUGAAGACCCCGUGCUUCACCCUUCAUUACGCAGCCCCGGAGCUCUUGAAUCACAACGGCUACGAUGAGUCCUGUGACCUGUGGAGCUUGGGUGUCAUCUUGUAUACAAUGUUGUCAGGGCAGGUUCCAUUCCAGUCUCAUGACAGAAGUUUGACGUGCACCAGCGCAGUCGAAAUCAUGAAGAAAAUUAAAAAGGGAGAUUUCUCCUUUGAAGGAGAAGCCUGGAAGAAUGUAUCCCAAGAGGCUAAAGAUUUGAUUCAAGGACUUCUCACUGUUGAUCCAAAUAAAAGACUUAAAAUGUCUGGCUUGAGAUACAAUGAAUGGCUUCAAGAUGGCAGUCAGCUGUCCUCGAAUCCUCUGAUGACUCCAGACAUUCUGGGAUCUUCGGGAGCUGCCGUGCACACCUGUGUGAAAGCAACCUUCCAUGCCUUUAACAAAUACAAGAGAGAAGGAUUUUGCCUUCAGAAUGUCGAUAAGGCCCCAUUGGCUAAGAGAAGGAAAAUGAAAAAGACCAGCACCAGUACAGAGACCCGCAGCAGCUCCAGCGAGAGCUGCCAUUCUUCCUCCUCCCAUUCCCAUGGCAAAACUACGCCCACCAAGACCCUGCAGCCCAGCAACCCUGCUGAUAGCACUAACCCAGAGAGCCUCUUCCAGUUCUCGGACUGAGAGACCGACAUGUGCAUGGUAGGAAUGUCCUCCGUGGCCGUGGCACCUUGCUCUCCCUCAGCAUGAUCCUGAGGUGGUGGUCUGUGCUUUAAAGAAUGUGUUCCGUUGGUCUCAUUGGGAUCUGCUCCUAGUGAAUUUUUUCAGGAAAACUGUUUGGUUAUCCUUGAACAAGAGCACUGAACAGGGAAUGUCACUGUGAAUGGAGCAUUUGUGAUACCCUUAACAACCUAGCAUGAUACCAACAGGAUGAUUCUUGAAAGGGCAAAGGUUUCUGUACAUUUACUAGGUCCUUGUUAGAUGACGCUGCCUACAAUGUCAGUCACAGGUUCUCCGAUGUCUGCCAACAAGACUUGACGCCUUUCACUAGGCCUGAUGGACAAGGUGGGUUUUUAAGAGAUUUGUACCCUUUGGAUAGUGAUUUAGCAGAGCAAGAGGUCUGUUUUCAGAAAAAGAUUCUGUAAUAAAUUUUGUGUGUGGCAUAUACUUAUUUCUUGAGAGAGAAUUUUAACUUAUUGUUUUUAUUUUAUGGUUAUAUAUGAUAAUAACUUGCUAUUCAUCUUUUUCUAAAAUGUUUAAAAAAAAAAGAAGUUAUUAGAACUCGAGGUCCCAUGCCUUGUGUUUGGGAGCCACGAGAGAUGCAUGCUAAGUUGUGUAUGUUUUUAAUUUUGCACUGCCUUUUCCUGGUAAUUAAUUUUAAAUAUCAUUGCAAAAUAUUAAGGUACAUGUCCCUUUGUUUUAAGUAAUAUUGCACUUUAUAGAAGAGUGUGAAUAAAUCAAUCUGUUUUAUAAAGUGCACUGUUGAAAGCAUAUGUACUGUAUGUUUGCUGGGUUUUUUUCCAUUAUCUAUUUUAAAUUUGUCCUCACAUCCCUCUUCUGCUUUGUAUGCAACAAGUAGAAUGGGGUGCUUUGUAUAAUGUGUCAUUAGCCACUUAUGCACCAAUCUGAGGGAAAACUAAAGGGAAAUUUUACUCAACACUGUGCUUCGUAUGUGUACACUGUGUUGUGCUACAGUGAGGUAUUCCCUCCUGUAGUCAAAUAUUAUGUACAUAAUAUUUUAGAAUCAUACCUAUGACUUGUUUUGAAAUUUUUCUGUUGAAUUUUAAAUCCAGAAAGCAUUUUAUAAAUUUAUGCAGAGCACUUUUAUUGCUCAAAAGUUCUGAAUUCAUACAGAAAACAAGUGCUAUGCGAUGAAGACAUUUCAUUAAGAUUGCUGCAUUUUAAAAUAGAAUUAAUUCAUUCCCUAUGCAAAAAAAAAUUAAGUGACAGGAUUUGUACAUUAUGUUUUCUUUUAAAGCCAUCACAUAAAAUGCCAGGACUGAGAAAAGUGAUCUUUGCUAUGUUUACAGUAAUCAUGCUUAAAAAGAUAAUGCCCAACAUGUUUAUUUUAUAGUUUUUGUUAAUGAUAACCUCUUGAUCAUGGGUUUGGAAUUUGGGCAUGAUAUUUAUUUAUCCCUUUCCUGAGGUAAUAGCAGCAUUAAUUUCAACCAGUUAUAAGUACUAAAAAUAUUGCACUCUCUGUAUUGGUAGCAUAUUUAUUACUGAAUCAAUGUGUAUACUAAUAGCACAGGCAACAAAAAUGGCAAAUAUUAAAAUAUUUUCAAAAAUUUGUA